AUGGGAGCAGAGUUGGAUCUUGAGCAGCAGCAGAUGAUGGAAGGAAGUUAUUCGCAAACUAUGCAAAUUGAUCCGAAAAGGGCUCGAUUUCCAUGCUCCGUUGUGUGGUCACCACUUCCUGUGAUCUCGUGGUUCAUUCCUUGCAUUGGCCACAUUGGCAUCUGCAGAGAGGAUGGAGUAAUAUUGGAUUUUGCAGGACCUAAUUUUGUGUGUGUGGACCAUUUUGCAUUUGGAGCCGCCACUCGCUAUCUUCAGAUUCCCAAAGAAAAGUGUUGUAUUCCUCUGGGCCAGUCUGCAUACAAUAGUCAGGGACACUACAUGCAGGGUGAAAAUGGAGAAGAUUUAAGGACUUGGGAUGAUGCAUUAAGGAAAAGCACUCAAGAAUUCCAACAUCGAUCUUACAAUCUCUUCACCUGCAACUGCCACUCAUUUGUUGCCAAUAAUUUAAACAGGUUGGAUUUCUUGUCUGGUGGAUGGAAUGUGGUGAACCUUGCAAUUUUCAUUUUAUUCAAUGGACGUUGGGUCAGCAGAGCAUCUAUGCUUCGUUCUAUCUUACCAUUUGUGGUUGUAUUUUUUCUUGGAGUCACAUUUGGGGGCUUCACUUUCUUAAAGUUUUGGUUCUUUUUCACUUUUGUUCUUAUUGGUUGGUUCCUUCUCAGUACUUAUUGUUUCAAGAACCUGAUUCAGUUGUAG